CAGCUCCCUCCUCUCCCUUUGUCAUUCUCUCUGCCUGCUGCCUCCGCAGCGUGCCUCCAGCUCUCUCUUUGCUAACUGCCUGCGCCUUGACAGUCCGGCUGCGCAAAGCAGAAAGAUUAGUUGGGACCUGCCUUGGCGACUCCAUGGCAUCCCCACGAACCGUAACUAUUGUGGCCCUCUCAGUGGCCCUGGGACUCUUCUUUGUUUUCAUGGGGACUAUCAAGUUGACCCCCAGGCUCAGCAAGGAUGCCUACAGUGAGAUGAAACGUGCUUACAAGAGCUAUGUCCGAGCCCUUCCUCUGCUGAAGAAAAUGGGCAUCAAUUCCAUUCUCCUUCGGAAAAGUAUUGGUGCUCUUGAAGUGGCCUGUGGCAUUGUCAUGACCCUGGUACCUGGGCGUCCCAAAGAUGUGGCCAACUUCUUCCUGCUCUUGCUGGUGUUGGCCGUGCUUUUCUUCCACCAGCUGGUCGGUGAUCCUCUCAAACGCUAUGCCCAUGCUCUGGUGUUUGGAAUCCUGCUCACCUGCCGCCUGCUGAUUGCCCGCAAGCCUGAAGACCGCUCUUCUGAGAAGAAGGCCUUGCCUGAGAGUGCAGAAGACCAACCCUCCUUGUAUGAGAAGGCCCCACAGGGCAAAGUGAAGGUGUCAUAGAAAAUUAAAGUGCAGAAAGUGGACCUUCAAGGCAGUUGCCUCCUUGACACCCAAGAAGAUAUCAGUGUGUGUGUGUGUGUGUGUGUGUGUGUGUGUGUGUGUGUGUGUGAUUUUUUUUCAUUUGAUUUAUUUAUCUUGGGGGAAAAGAGAAAAAUACAAUCUGCAAGUUAAUUGGCUUGUGUACAUUUAUACCCUAAAGUGACCUCCCUACAUUGACAUUUGUGCACCACCUUUAAUCACUCUGGGGCAACACUCACAUCUUGCUGCAUGUACAUGUAUAUGGCUACCAUUGAGGUGUAUUUGUAAGAUGGACUACAGCAAGCAUGUGACUGUGAGACUCUGUGUGGAGGAAUGUAUUUAACCAGUGUGUGAGGGUAUACAGG